UCUCUCUCUCUCUCUCUCUCUGUCUCUCUCUCGUGUAAAAGCUAGCUACUUACCACCAUUACUGUAGUAGAAAGAGUAAUUUCUUUGAUCGAAAUCAAAACCCUGCCUGAAGGCUUUCUUUCUUUGAAUCUUUAUAAAGAGAAUCUUUAAGUUUCAUACAAAUUUUGGAAAUACAUUCGUGUAGGUAUACGUAAAAGUCUAUUAACAUUACUUGGGGGAUAUCGAUUUUGGAGGUGUUUUUCGUGAUGGGUUGGAGGUACAAGGCUGGGUUGGCUUUGAUUGGGACUGUUGUUUUCAUAUGGGUCGCCUCUGCUGAGGUUACUCAGAGAAUCUUUGAGCAGUAUAAACAGCCAUUUGCACUAACGUAUCUGGGGAUCUCUCUUAUGGUCAUCUACCUACCUAUAGCAAUUCUCAAAGAUUGGAUCUGCAUCUUGAUGGGCAAAAAAUUGCUAAAGAACAUUUACAAUGAAAGCCCUUUCUUGAGCUCUUCGGUUGGACUAAAUAUCCCCCUUAAAAUCAAUGACAUGCAUCACAUGCCAGAGGAGGAUUUUAACAGCUAUACUGACAUGGAUACUAAUCAAGUUGAAGAAGGGCAGCCUUUGACCAACAAAAAUGGGGAAGAUGAGUCCCACGUGCUUCUGGAGAGUUCUGAGCUUAGUUCAUGGGAGAAUGCCAAAUUGAGUCUUUAUCUUGCUCCUAUAUGGUUCGUAACAGAGUAUUUAUCCAACUCAGCACUUGCUAAUACCAGUGUUGCAAGUACGACUGUCUUGACUUCUACAUCAGGGCUCUUCACUCUUUUCUUCGGAGUAAUCCUUGGUCAGGACUCUAUAAAAACUGCGAAGAUCAUAGCUGUUUGUAUUAGUAUGACUGGGGUUGUGAUGACUACAAUCGGAAAAACUUGGGCCCCUGAUGAAAUGCUAAGUGCCUCAGAGAGCACAAAGCAUUCCAUCAUCGGAGACAUCUGUGGACUUCUCUCCGCAAUGUCAUAUGGUUUAUUUACAGUGCUGCUGAAGAAGUUCUCUGGAUCGGGUGGAGACAAGGUUGAUGUGGAGAAGUUCUUUGGAUACGUUGGGCUGUUUACUCUUCUUGGCUUCUGGUGGCUUGUAUGGCCACUGAAUGCCGUGGGGAUAGAACCUCAGUUCACGAUUCCGCAUUCAACAUCUCUUGCUGAAGUAUUGCUGUUAAAUGGCUUUGUGGGGAGUGUUCUCUCGGAUUACUUUUGGGCGCUUUCUGUGGUUUGGACAACUCCAUUAGUUGCAACUCUCGGUAUGUCAUUGACGAUACCGCUUGCAAUGGUAGCAGACAUGGUGGUGCACAGCCGUCACUUUUCUGCAAUCUACAUUCUUGGUUGCAUUCAGAUGUUUGCAGGAUUUGUCAUAGCAAACCUUUCUGACAAUCAUUUCUGUAAAGAAGAUGAGUCGUAGCUGUAAGUUUUCUAUUUUUUGAUUCAGAAAAUGUAACCGAUAAACUAGUGACUGCAUAAAUGUGGGAUGGUAUUGGCCUCACUUUGGUUUGUACACUUCACAGGGAGCUAGGGACCCUGUAUUGUGGUGCACUACAGGGGGUAGUGCACUAUAGGAUCCCUGUGUCCCACAUCACGGUUGUGUGGUAAAUAAUUUUCUCGAGGACCUAUAAGAUAGAGUUGUUAAUGUAACUGUACCCUUUGUUAGAGAAGAAUAGAUGAAUGUAGAUUUGCU